CAGCAGCCAGGCCCCAUGGCCCAGACCUCCCAGGCCCCCUAUGGCAUCUCCUGCGAGUUGCGAGGCGAGAUCGCCAGGUUCCUGUGGCCCAAGGAGGCAGAGCUGCUGCUGCAGACCUGGUUGCCGGAGCGCCAGGCCACCGAGCCGGGCCAUGUCCUGGCACUGCUACGCUGGAGAGCCUACCUGCUCCACACCUGCCUGCCCCUGAGGGUGGACUGCACAUUCAGCUACCUGGAGGUCCAGGCCAUGGCCCUACAGGAGAUGCCCCCACAGAUCACCUUUGAGCUGGAGUCCCUGCCCGAGCUGGUCCUGGAGUUUGCUGGCGUCGCCGCCCUGGAGCAACUGGCACAGCACAUCGCCAUGGCCAUCAAGAGGGUCUUUCCUCGCUCCACCCUCGGGAAGCUGUUCCGGGCGCCCACAGCCCCUACCUUGCUGGCUCGCCUGGAGAGAAGCACCCAUCCCCCAGAGGCCCUGGCACCCAGCAGGCCCUGUGGCGGCUUCGUGGAGACGUACGAGGCUUUGUGUGACUACAACGGCUUCCCUUUCCGCGAGGAGAUUCAGUGGGACGUGGACACCGUGUACCACCGGCAGGGCUGCCGCCACUUCAACCUGGGAGACCUCAGCCACCUGGGCAAUCGGGACCUGGCCUUGAGUGUGGCGGCCCUGUCCUACAACCUGUGGUUCCGGGGCCUCUCCUGUGUGGACAUGAAGCUGAGCCUCGAGGUGUCAGAGCAGAUUCUGCACGUGAUGAGCCAGUCGUGGCACCUGGAGGAGCUUGUGCUGGAGGCCUGUGGGCUGCGGGGGGACUUUGUCCGGCGACUGGCCCAGGCACUGGCAGGACACGCGUGCUCAGGGCUGCGGGAGCUCAGCCUGGCCGGGAACCUGCUGGAUGACAGAGGCAUCUCAGAGCUCAGCCGACACCUGGAGCUCCGGCCCGGAGCCCUGAGAAGACUCAGCCUGGCACAGACGGGGCUGGGCCCCCGAGGAAUGCGGGCUCUGGGCCAGGCGCUGGUUUCCAACGCUGCCUUCGACUCUGCCCUGACCCACUUGGACCUUUCCGGGAACCCGGGGGCACUGGGGGCCUCAGAGGACAAUGGGGGCCUCUACAGUUUCCUGAGCCGCCAGAAUGUUGUGUCAGUGCUGAACCUCGCAGGCACCGACGCCGCCCUGGACACGCUCUUCGCCGCGCUGGCCCGCGGCUGCUGCUCCAGCCUCACACACCUCGACGCCUCCAGGAAUGUCUUCUCCCGCACGAAGACUGGAGCCGCCUCUGCGCUGCAGCGCUUCCUGGGUCGCGCGGGGUCGCUGCGCCACCUGGACCUGGCGGCCUGCAAGCUGCCGCCCGACGCGCUCAGAGCCCUCUUGGAAGGCCUCGCGCUCAACACCUACCUGAGCGACCUGCACCUGGACCUCAGCGCCUGCGAGCUGCGCUCCGCGGGCGCGCAGGUGAUCCAAGACCUGGUGUGCGACGCCGGCGCGCUGAGCUCCCUAGAUCUGGCUGACAACGGCUUCGGCUCAGACAUGGUGACUUUGGUGCUAGCCAUCGGGCGGAGUCGGUCCCUGCGACACGUGGCUCUUGGAAGGAACUUCAACGUCCGGUGCAAGGAGACCCUGGACGACGUCCUGCACCGGAUUGUUCAGCUCAUGCAGGAUGACGACUGUCCUCUGCAGUCUCUGUCGGUGGCCGAGUCGCGGUUGAAGCUGGGCGCCAGCGUCUUGCUCCAGGCCCUGGGCACCAAUCCCAACCUGCAGGCGCUGGAUAUCAGCGGCAACGCUAUGGGGGACGCGGGCGCCAAGAUGCUGGCCAAGGCGCUCCGGGUCAACACCAGGCUCCGGUCUGUAGUCUGGGACCGGAACCACACGACUGCACUGGGCCUGCUGGAUGUAGCGCAGGCGCUGGAGCAGAACCGGAGCCUAAAGACCAUGCCGCUGCCGCUGAGUGACGUCGCCCAGGCGCAGCGCAGCCGCCCGGAACUGACAGCACGUGCGGUGCAUCAGAUCCAAGCCUGUCUCUUGAGGAACAGCCGCGCCGACCACGCUGCUUCUGACUGUUCCUCCCGCCCAAAGCCACUGGGUCUGCAGUCGGGCCCCUCUGAGCAGGAAGUGAAUGAACUGUGUCAGUCAGUGCAGGAGCACGUGGAGCUGCUGGGCUGCCGGGCCGGGCCACAGGGUAGAGCCGCCGUGCACCAGGCAGAGGAUGCCAUCCAGAAUGCCAACUUCUCUCUCAGUAUUCUUCCUAUUCUAUAUGAGGCUGGGAGCUCCCUAAGCCACCAGUGGCAGCUUCGGGAGAAGUUGGAGAGUCUUCUGGAACAGGUGGGCGAGGUCUGCCGCCAUGACAUUCAGGACUUCACCCAGGUCACACUGGACACAACCAAGAGCCUCUGCCCACAGAUGCUGCACGGGUCCAGGUGGAGGGAGCAGCUAGAGGAAGUCCUGGUGGGCUCCAGGGGUCUUCCUGAGCUGCUCCCAGAGCACCUUCUGCAGGAUGCCUUCAGCAGGCUCAGGGACAUGCGGCUCUCAGUCACAGGUGCCUUGGCCAAGAGCAUCAUGGCGCAAGCCCUGGAGGGACUGAGCGCAGCCAGAGACCGGCUGGUGGAAAGUCUGGCUGAGCAGGCAACAGGGGCAGCAACCCCUGAUCUGCUGAGUGGAAGUGAGCACAGCCCCCUGGGGCCGGGGGAACUGGAGGGUCUUUUCUUCCCUGAGGAGAAGUGGGAGGACGAUGAGGAGCCCCAGCUCCCUCCACCGCGAUGGCGAGGGUCCAGCCACUGUCCUCACUUGGUCUCCUCCGUUCACAGUGCCGGCGAGGAAGCGGAGCCUGAGCCCAAGCUGGCGGCUCCCGGGGAAGAUGCGGAGCCGCAGGCGGGGCCGUCGGCGCGCGGCUCUCCCAGCCCCGCCGCCCCCGGGCUCCCGGCCGGCCCGCUGCCUCGCAUGGACCUACCGCCCGCCGGCCAACCCCUGCGCCAUCCGACCCGGGCCCGGCCGCGGCCGCGCCGCCAGCACCACCACCGCCCGCCGCCGGGGGGCCCCCAGGUGCCCCCAGCCCUGCCGCAGGAAGGGAAUGGGCUCAGUGCCCGUGUGGAUGAGGGUGUGGAAGAAUUCUUCUCCAAAAGGUUGAUCCAGCAGGUUCACCUCUGGGCGCCUGAGGAAGACGCCGCCACUGAGGGGGGUACCACCGCUGUGCCACGUACACUGAGAAAGAAGCUGGGCACCCUCUUUGCCUUCAAGAAGCCUCGUUCCACACGGGGACCACGGCCCGAUCUAGAGACCAGCCCUGGGGCAGUUCCCCGAGCCCGGAAAAGCACACUCGGAGACCUGCUGAGGCCACCAGCCCGCCCUGGCCGGGGUGAGGAGCCUGGCGGGGCCGAGGGGGGUGCCAGCAGUCCCGACCCUGCUCGCAGGAGCCGGCCUCGCUACACGCGCGAGAGCAAGGCCUACUCCAUGAUUCUGCUGCCAGCCGAGGAGGAAGAGGCGGUGCUGGGGGCCAGACCCGACAAGCGACGGCCCCUGGAACGGGGAGAGACAGAGGUGGCCCCGUCCUUUGAACAGCGGGUACAAGUGAUGCUGCAACGGAUUGGCGUUAGCCGAAGCAGCGGGAGUACCGAAGGCAAGAGGAAGCAAAGCAAAGACGGAGAGAUCAAGAAGGCUGGCUCAGACGGUGAUAUCAUGGACAGUUCAACCGAUACCCCUCCCAUCUCCAUCAAAUCCCGCACCCACUCUGUGUCUGCAGACCCCUCGUGCAGGCCCGGGCCAGGGGGCCAGGGGCCUGAGUCCACCACCUGGAAGACCCUGGGGCAGCAGCUGAAUGCAGAGCUCAGGGGUCGUGGCUGGGGCCAACAGGAUGGUCCUGGCCCCCCUUCUCCUUGCCCCAGCCCCCGAAGAACCAGUCCUUCCCCAGACAGCCUGGGACUCCCAGAGGAUCCUUGCCUGGGUCCCAGAAACGAAGAACGGCCCCUGCGGCUGCAGCGCUCCCCUGUCCUCAAGCGCCGACCAAGGGUCGAGGCACCCCCCUCUCCAAGCCUAGGAACUGGCCUUGGAGUUGAGCCUCCGCCCGCACAGUCCACGGAGCCCUCCAGCCCCGAGCGGAGCCCACCCUCCCCAGUCACAGACCAAAGAGGCGGCGCUCCCACCCCCUGAGCCGAGCCUUUCCUGCCGCAUGAGAUUAUUUUAUUAAAAAACUCAAAGGAAG